CACACACACACACAUUCCACCAGUGACUCUGUUGUGGUCGCCUUGCUUCCAGAAACGGACGUGCUUUUGGAUUUAGCAGCCGGUGCUUCGUUCAGCGAUGGUGUGAAGACCUGAUACAGUAAAGAUAACUGGAGUUAAUGUGAGACCAAUAAUACAGAGAUGUCAAUCCCUUCCAGUUAGCGACAACUCUACAAUGAUGGGGAUAUAAAGGAGAGUCUGCAGCUCUCCUCUCAGGGACAGUCUUCUGCAGCCCUUCUCUGGUCACAGGCCUGCCUGGCAUCUCUCAUCCAUACCAUUCCUCUUUCCAUCCACCCAUCCUUCCCCCUGUCAUGAAAGGCCUGUCCAGUAGUCGGAGUCACCAUCACGUGGUCUCCUAUGAACCAUCAUAUGAUCUACUGGGUCACCAUGUGGACCGCAAGCCAUAUUUAAUCAGUCAGAAUGACAUGCCUGUGCCCAUUCCCAUGCCACAUCCAGCUGAGAUGUCCUACUACAAUUCUCAGCGUACCCCGUACCCCUCCGACAGCAACAGCAUCGUCCCAUACGGAACCUUCCCAAGGAGGUGCCACUCCACCUCCUCAUCUCACCAUCCUGAGGUAAAGGAUGAGUGUAUGGCCAUGGUACCAUAUAUAGGAGGAGGAGGGGGAGGAGGAGGAGGAGGAGGAGGUGGAGGAGGAGGCUAUGGAGGUAAAACUCCAACCCGGGUACCAGCAAACUUUGCGGACCCGUUUGAGCGUCAGCCGUCAUUUCCCAGAGAUGGCUACCAUACACUACAGUACAAACGAGGAGUGCUGGCCCACAGUGGGGGGAUGGGGGCCAACAACAACAACAAUGACAGCCCAGGGAGAAUUCGGCACCUGGUCCACUCAGUCCAGAAACUCUUCACCAAGUCACAUUCAUUGGAGGGGCCGCACCACACACAGCCCUCAAAGGGGGCCAAUAAUGGGAGCGUUAAUGGUGGUGGUGGUGGCGGAGGAGGUGGUGGUGGUGGUUCACGGGCCAGCCCAGAGGGUGAAACUCCACCAGUGGGAGUGCGCCAACGGAAGCGCAGCAAGAGCCGUGAGCGCUGUCGAUCAGCGGAGCCCAAGCAUCGAAGCCACCACCACCACCAGCUCCACGGCUCAGCGUCUGCUCCAGGCUCCGGAUAUUGGAGCUCAGAUGACAACCUGGAACGGGAGCUGUGUCUCUACCACCCUCACCACCACCAACCUCCACCCUCACCCUCACCUUCACCCUCCAUUUGCCCCUCGCCCAUCGCCAUGACAAUGGGCCGGUAUCCCGGCAACAACCACGACAAGUUUCCCCAGACUCCCCUCCCCAGUCUCUCCUCCUCGCAGUCCCAGCAGUACUUCAUGAUGGACCCUUACAGCACACUCAACGAGCACACACACACCCAUGCACACCAUGGCCACACACACCACCAUUCUGCACUCAAAGCCUCCCGGAGCAACAACGAUGUGAAGUAUGCAGCGUCGUCGGCAUGUGUGCCAGUUAGUGGUAGCAGCAAUAACAGCGGUGGCGGUCUCGUUGGAGGAAGUGGCCCCUUGAUGCCACUGGGUCUUGUGGACGGGCCCCUUGUGAAGAAAGGGGCAUGGUCAUCAAGCCUAACGGUGAGCAGGGCCCGAGAGGUCUACACCAACAACAGCAGCCACAACCACCUACGAGCCAGCGCAGGAUCCGGUAACCUAAACCUAGAUAGAGCUCUAUUCAAAUCUAAGGGCAGUCAGCAGCAGGAGCGCACUUGCCAUUUCUUACAGGUACCCCAGGAUGAAUGGAGCGGCUUCUCUCCGCUGGGGAAGGAGGACGACAUCCCCUGUCGGAGGAUGAGGAGCGGCAGCUAUGUCAAAGCCAUGGCUGAGGACGACAGCGGAGACUCCGACGGGAGUCCCAAACCCUCCCCCAAAGUCCAGGCACGCCGGGCCAGCUACCUGAAAGCCACUCAGCCGUCACUGACUGAGAUGACCACUCUACAGAUUUCGACGGAGCACUCCCCUAAACUGCAGAUCAGGAGCCACAGUUACCUGCGUGCGGUGAGUGAGGUUUCAAUCAAUAGAAGCGUGGAUACCCUGGACCCCAAAACCCUCCUCGACCCCAAAUCGCUGCUGUCCUCACCCCAAUACCGCUCACGCAAUGAAAGCUACAUGAGGGCCAUGAGCACCAUCAGUCAGCUGAGCGAGGUGGAGUUGAACGGGCAGAUCGAGCAGGUGUGUGAGCAGGUCUACAGUGCGUUGCAGGCUCAGGCCAUGGAGGCUGCCAUGGACAGCAUGGAGACCAUGGACACCCUGCCUAUGCCGGGGUGCUUCCGGAUGCGGAGCCACAGCUAUGUGCGGGCGAUUGAUCAGGGCUGUUCAGGGGAGGAAGAGGGAGAAGGAGGGAGGCCGCUGCUCAUCCUGCCUUCCUCCCCACCGCGUACAUCCGCCACCACCGUCAGGACCAUCCAGAGCAGCACAGUUUCAUCUUGCAUCACCACCUAUAAGAAAACUCCUCCACCAGUGCCGCCCCGAACUUCAACCUGCUCCACAGCCUCCAAGCCCUACAUCUCCAUCACAGCCCAGAGCAGCACCGAGUCUGCACAGGAUGCAUACAUGGAAGAGGAGGGACCCAGAGGUGACAUGACCAUCCAAUCCGGGCUCAGUAACUCAACAGAAAGCAUUGACAGCAUGAAGGCCCUGACAGCUGCAAUAGAAGCAGCAAAUGCACAGGUCCAUGGACCAGCCAGUCAGCAUGUCAGUAACAGCACCAUGACAGUCAGCACCCCCACCCCCUCAAUCCUGAGCAGGGGGCCAGUUGUUGAAAACCACCGGGAUGUGUACAGGAAAGAAGCACUCAGGAAGGGCAAAUGUCUUUCCAUAGGCAUCCAGGUGGAUGGACCAGAAGAGGUUCCAGAUCCAGAGGACCCAUCCAAGUUCACCUCGGUAGGGGUGCAGGUAGAGGAUGACAGAGGGUAUCGUCGGUUCCAGCGCUCCAACAGCGUGACAGCAGCUGUACAGGCAGAUCUGGACAUGCCAGACCUGCUGGACACCCCUUUAGACUCCCCGGACACUGACAUGGAAGUCCUGUCAUCUGGUGCCAUCUCUCGACAAUACUCCCGCGAUGCUGCCACCUCUACAGUCAGCAUCCAAGGCUCAGGGAACCACUACCACGCCUGUGCCUCCGAUGACUUUGACGAUGUGGGCUUUGACCCAUCCAUCCUCCCCCCUCCAGACCCCUGGAUAGACAGUGUAACAGAUGACUCACUUGAUGUCAACUUCAACAGCUCUGCUAUACUGGAGGCGGUGCAGCGGUCGGUGUGUCACAGAGAUGGACGCUGGUUUCUGAAGCUGCUGCAGGCCGAGACUGAUCGCAUGGAGGGCUGGUGUCGACAGAUGGAGCUCGACCAACGGGAGAAUGACCUGCCUGAAGAUAUCCUCGGCAAGAUGAGGAGUGCUGUAGGAAGCGCUCAGCUUCUGAUGUCCCAGAAGUUUCAACAGUUCAGGGAGCUGUGUGAGGAGAAUCUGAACCCCAACGCCCACCCUCGUCCUGUGGCCUCAGACCUGGCGGGCUUUUGGGAUAUGCUUCAGCUGUCCAUUGAGAACAUAAGCCUAAAGUUUGAUGAGCUUCACCAGCUCAGAGCCAACAACUGGAGACCCCUGGAUCCCCCUGACAGAAAGUGAAGGCGCUUGCAAACAGCCACGCAUCAAUCAGCAUAACUGCAAUGCCAACAACACCACAGGGCCUUGACACCUCUGGGCCUCCGUAGAUCCAUCAUAUCUGUCUUUCCAUCCAUCUGUCCAUGCUUCCUUCUGCCCUUCCUUCCUUCCCUCUGCCGCCUGCAACCGUUUGUGUGGCUUUUUGUUGUGUGUGUGUUGUAGCUGCCAGUGUGAAGAUAGAUGGAGCGGAGAGAGUGUGGCUAAUAUUUCUUCUCCACAAAUACACCUUACAGCACACUGUUAGAUACAAUUAGAAAGACGUGCAUAAACUCCAACCCUAAAACACCAAAAACAAAAAAAAGGGAAUUAGGAGGCAAAUAAAACCAAAUAAAACACCAGUAAAAGAGGAGUAUGCCAACAAGAAACAAAUACAACAUUAAAAUAUGACAUGAGAUUUCAACCAAGAUUUAUUGCAACUAGAAGGGAAAAGUCUAACUUAUUAACCCAAUUCAGCAUAUUCAUAUGUUUGGGAAGCCUUUGUCUUUCCCUACUAUGAAGAUAAGAAUGGUUACUGCCUUUUGUUAGGAUGCAGUCCAGUCCAGUACAGCUAAUGUGUGCUGUACUGGACUAUGGAAAUUCAGCAUUAGUCUUCAGUCCAUUUUAAAGUGAGGUCAGACGCAUGUGGACAAAAGCUCAGCUCAGUGCAGAAUAUGAUUUUGAAACCAGCAAUAAAUAAGGCAAUGAAAUAAAUACAGAAUUUUACAGAGUGCAAAGGUAGGGAAGCUAAAUCAGAGCAGCUACUUUAAUUCAGUCUCUUGUCUCUCAAGAGGAACUUAACAUAGUACAAUGUUGUCAUAACUGGUAGAAAUGAUGGACAAAACUGUAACGUGGAUUUUAAAAAGUGCUCGAUAAAUAAAGAUUAUUAUAUUCUGUAUUAUUUUUUAAAAUCCACGUUACAAAGUGCUUCACAAAACAGCAAGUAUAAAAAAUAAUGUACCAGAAUUGUCUUUAAGGGCAUUUGUGGUGUCAGUAGAAAGAGAGGGCAUUAUGUCGUCUGCAUAGUAGUAAAACUGGUGCCAUGUUUAUGUAUGCACAGUUGAUGAAAAAAUAAAAUAGGCGCAGGAACAGACCUUGCCACAGGAUACUCUUGCAAGCACUUAAUUAUGUAAAAGUAAUAUAAUGUUAUAAUACUAUAAUACCUAGCUUGCAUGCAUAUGUAUAUAAAAGCCUCAGACUAUACAAGGUUGUGUCACAUACAAACACACAUUUGACAAUAAUGUACAGUAGGUAUGAUCUUAGCCAUCCCCAUGCAGAUAGUUUGUUGUACAGUAAAGAAAAAAGGUUGUAUAAUAGAGAAAAUGGAACAAACUUGUGAAUCAACACAUGUAGGGAAUAAGUUAAGAGCUGCAGUAUUACAGAAACGGU